UCCUCUGCCCUCCCCGUCAUCAACUCCGAAGACAUGUGCCCCGUCUGCAAGACGAUCCGGUACCUCAACAAAGACAUGGAGUUCCUCAUCAACCCGGAGUGCUACCACUCGAUGUGCGUCAACUGCGUCAACCGGCUGUUCAACGACGGGCCGAACCAGUGCCCCUACGCGGGCUGCCACAAGACGCUGCGGCGCAAGGGCUUCCGGUCGGCCUUCUUCGGCGACCUGGCGGUGGAGCGCGAGGUGGACAUCCGCCGGCGCGUGGCCGCCGUGUUCAACCAGUCCGAGGACGACUUCGAGACGCUGCGCGACUACAACAACUACCUGCAGAUGGUCGAGGACCUGACCUUCGACCUGGUGUCGGGCACCGACGCGCGCCGCCGCGCCGCCGAGGCCACCCUGCAGCAGUGGGAGGCCGAGCACCGCGCCGACAUCGAGCGCAACCGCAAGGCCGGCCGCGAGGCCGACGAGCAGACCCGCCGGCGGCUGGCCGCCGAGCGCGAGGCCGCGCGGCAGCGGCGCGUGGAGGCGCUGCGCGAGGCCGAGGAGGAGAAGCGCGAGCGCGCCCGGAGCCGCGAGGCCGAGCUGGAUAGCCUGGCGCAAGGGGGCGACGGCGGCGGCCCGGGUGCGCAGCGGGUGCAGCUGAAGCGGCGCGGGCAGGCGGCGGCGAACCGGGCGGUCGAGGCGGCGGUGAAUGCGGCGGUGGGCGCGGCGGACGUCGGCCGGCUGUCGAUCCGCGGGCUCAAGGAGAAGAAGAAGGCGCCGGCGCCCGAGGGGCCGUACGAUCCGUUCGGCGGCAUGGAUUUCGUGCCGAGCAGGUACAAGCUGCGCGCCGGCCUGACGCAUCCCGGUGUAGAGAAGUACAAGGCCGAUCCGGCGCACAUCACGGGCGGCUACAGCUUCGACGAGUACGCAGCGCGGGCCAUGUAUGAGGCGUUCGCCGGGCUGGGCGUCUUCAUCGAGGACGAGAAGGAAGUGGGCAUUGGCCUGUCAGCCGGGGAGGUGGCUACCAUUAGUGCUGGAAUUGCCGCCGUGGGCGAUAGGAUGGAGCUGGACUAA